AUGUCGGACGAAGCGGGCCCUUCUUCAGCGAUUGGUCACUCUGUGCCUUUACCGACCAGCAGCACCACAGAUUCGUCAGUCUCGGUUGCCCCGACGAAGGCGGCUGCAUCUACAGUCGAUGUGGGCAAAAGAGUCCUAGACGAGCGGGAUGCCGCUGCAAGUGUAAAGCAGGGAAGAAAAAGACCCAAAGCGGAGACCAAGCGCGACACUGGGCUCACCAACCACGAGGCGGCGAUGGAUGAAGCUGCGAAUGCUGAGCAUGAAGCGGUCAAAGAAGAUGCUCAGACUCAGCCUUGGCUGACGGCUUCCGAGCCUGGUCCGAGCAGGUUGCCUUUGGAGGAGCGCAAGGAAGCGAAGCUGGGCGAAUUGGAGCCGCCUUUGGCGAACGCGACGCUUGCUGACGAGGUGGUGGAAGGUGGGGCAGGCACGACGGUAGAAUUUGGUGGCAAGGAGGACAAGACGGGUGCAGAGGAGGGAAUACAAGAUGCAGCGAGCACAUCCAAUCGAAAAAAGUCGGUCAAGUCAAGAGGCAAGGGCAAGAGCAAGGCUGCAGCUGGAGCCGAUCCCAGCAAUCGACCGCCUGCGCCGACCGAGAUUCUCUUCAGCUCGCCGUGGCCCGCGACGCAGUCCGAUCUCUUUCCAGACGCAUCCAGCGGUAUUGCAGCGCUUCACGUCUGGUCCAAAGCCGCCGGCUUCAAUGUCCGCAAACGCUCCUCUUAUCUGGAAGAAUGGCGCAAAUCUCCAUUCGUCUACCUGGAAUGCAAAAAGUCUGGCGUGUACAAGAAUAGGCAUGGGGUGACGGAAGAGACUAGAAGGCGCAAUCGGACGAUCGAGAGGAUGAGCUGCCCUUUCAGAGCCAAAGUGCAGCUCAAAGAUGCAGAAAAGGAGAACGCGACGUGGAAAUUGUCCGUCAAUUGUGCGGAUCACAAUCAUCUGCCUUUUGAGACGAUGCAGGGGCCGAUGGCGAUUGGGAGCGCCAGCGCUGGCGGUGUCAAAGGUGGAAGUGCCGGUCAGGCUGCUUUGGAGAGCUUGCCAGGCGAGCAAGGCGCGGAGCAAGGGGACCACGCGCCAGGAGGACAAGAUGCGACGAAUCAAAAUCAAGCGACGGAAGCCAUCGCCUUUUUGGCUGCUCAAGCUCUUCAAUCUCAGCCUUCGACUGCGACUCGUGACGCGGAGGCGCAAGCUGGUUUUGUACAGCAGGAGCAUCAAGAAGCAGAAGAGGAGGGCGAUGGGCAGGAAGGGAUGAGGGAGCAAGAGGCAAGGGAAGAGGCUGAAGCGAUCGCGUUUUUGGCUGCGCACGCUCUGCAGGCUGAACAGGAACAGGAACUGGAGCAGGAACAAGAGCGAGCCGGUUCAGUACAAGUUGCACUACGAGAAGAGACAGAUGAUGGGCAUAUGCUACAGACUGCGUUGGAGAUGAUGGCGCACGAAUCGGGGGCGGGCGCGGAUAGCACGCUGGAUUCCUCGGGAGCUGCGGAGGUGCAUAUGACAGGCUACGAGGAAGACGAGGAUGGGCAGACGAACGAGGACGUGGAAGCAUUGGAUCCUGCCCCUGAGGCGUAA